AUGUCUUUUCUUUCGAGGUCGAUAUUUCAGUACUCAGCAAGACGACACAUAACUGUGCUAAGUUCCUUUUCCCCUUUGAGAUGUGCAAUUGGAACAAAGCCUAUGUUGCGUGCAAACACACCUUUUGUAGGAGAACAAGUGGAACAACCGACAUCUCUGUUAAGUGUUUUGUUAGGAAUUACUCAGAAAAGAUGGAAGAGUAGGGGUAAUACAUAUCAGCCAAGUACUUUGAAAAGAAAACGAAGAGUCGGAUUUUUGGCCAGGGCAAAAGACAAGCAAGGUUCUAAAAUUCUCAAAAGAAGAAGAGAAAAAGGCAGAUGGUAUUUAACGCAUUAG